AUUUUGAUCAGCAGCACAACAACAACAACCUCCGAACUUGAUUUGUAGAUAUUAUGUCAAUUUAUCAAAAAAGAUGGUCAUCAGUAGGCAGCGGCGCUUCACCGUCUGCAUCAAUUUCUAGAUCAACUCCGACAGCGACAAAUGUUCUUUCCAGUGGUGUAGAGCCAUCUACAGUCGGAACAAGCUGGAAUUCAGUCCGAUGGAAUAAGCCAUCAACAUCCUAUCGGGCCAACCUGGCGUCUCGCUUUGAGAACAACUCAACUGCAAACUCGAACAGCAGUUACACUCCACAAAGAACUUCCAGAUUUCUGAGCUCCGCCGCCAAGAAUGCCGCCGACCUUGCCAGCAUCGGACCGUCGGUAAGUUCUAGAGCAUCACGAUUCGAUACCACGAAUAUGGCAAAUAAGGAAAAGUACAGAAACGAGGCACGAGAUCUUAUCAACAAGUGGUCGAGUCGGGAGCGGAAUUCAAAUAUCUCCAACACUUAUCGAUCGCCGGCUCCGCGGAGCACAUUUCGAUCUACCGACUCAUUGGCGACAUCUGGGACCUCUGGAGCAGGGAGCACGGGUUAUUCGAACACAGCUUACCGAACAUCAACAUCCCUUACCCCAACACGUCCGGUGCUUCCCUCAUCAUCCACAGCAUCUCGAUAUUCAACAGAGAGGCCAAGUCUAUUGUCUCCAUCUCCGACACCUACACUACACACGACACCGAAAGCGGAUCGUCCGUGGCGUCAACGAAUGGCCGAGUCGUCGCGCAUCCGUUCGACGCUCGGCGACGACUACCGAUCCCGACAAAGCUCAGUUGAAAGUUCUGUGUUCUCGCCGACGUCACGUUUUACCAGCGCCUCGUCCUAUGUACCGUACUCCUACCGUAACCGAAGCGACGAUCCACCAGCAUCAACGACACGAACAAGUGUGCUAGAUAGAAGCACAUCUAGAUCAAAAUCUCCAACAAGGGAUAGUUUACCGUCUCGUACCCCAUCACAAGCUCCCAAGAAUCCGUCGAUUAGAGAGUCGAGCAAGGAGCGAGACGCAGACAAACAGAAGAAGAAGAGUGCCAAAGAAAGAACUGCUCGCCGUAAUUCGCGACAAAACAGUCAACAAGACAGCUCAUCCGACGAGGAAAUAAAUCGAUUGAUGAGAAGCCGAUCGGGCUCACAGGUACGAAGGAAACCACGGAAGAAGAGUCAGGUGGAAACAGAGAAGCUAAUUGUCGUCGAGCAAAAGGAUACUGUAAUGAAUCGCUCAAUGCAGUCGUCACUGUACGAGACAGGAGUCGAAGAUUCAGCUCUAAUUCAAUCACUCACUUCUCAAAUCAACGAGUCUUUAACAGCAUUGAAUCUAACUGCGGAAAGUGAGGGAUUCCAAUCGUGCGCCGUGUCACCACUUGCUCCAUCAAUAUCCAGAAGCAGCUCCAAACAUGGGAUAGUUAAAAAUCAAAUUAUUAAAUCCCCAUCGCUAGUUGAAGUGCUGGGGCUACCGCGUAGCGACUCGAAGACAAGUUUGAAGUUACAAGAACAAUUAGAAUUCGAUGAUGAACUACUGCACGACGAUCGACUAACAUUUGAUCUAGAUGAUUGCGAGCCAUCCGAAUCCUCCCACAUUGAUGACGAGUCUCAGUACAGUGCCGUUGCUCAUUUUAAGCCUAAUAAGGUGAAACGAUUGGCUCCAGUGCCGGGAUUAUGGAAGUCGGGCGCCGAGAACGAAGAGUUCAUCUCGCGAAACAAACGAUUCGCAAAGUCGGUAUCACCUAGUGUAGAAAGUUGCAUGCGUUUAGAAAAUGCCAAAGGUGAAGCUGAGAACAUCUUCCCACUCAAAAACUUGGAAAAAGCAACAAAAUCUCUAAAAAUCCCAGAGAAGAAGAAGCCAGCGGUGCUGAAAACCAAAGUGGAUCCGAAGCCAGAAGUGAAGCCAGUGGAGAAGAAGCCUGUUUCAAAACCGGCUGCAGUGAAAAUUUCUGAAAAGCCAAAGGCUGCCACGGCUCCAGAAGCUCCUAAAACUCCAACAAAAGUAGCUCCGGAAACUCAAAAAACGGAGCCUCCAGUCCCUGCCCCUAGAGCCCAGGCAGUUCAAAAGACGAAAGAGUCUGCUCCAGCAUCAACUCCAGCUUCAGCCUCAGCGCCAACUCCAGCUCCAGCCACAUCCAAACCAACUCCGACUGCAGUGAAACCAGCUGAAACUCCAAAGACGCCUGCAAAACCAGUUCCUGAAAAAGUCCAGGUUCCUGCUGUUGUCAAAGUUGCUCCAGAAAAAGUGAAAUCACCUACUACUGCUGUUGAGCCAAAGAAAUCAGCUCCAGCUGUACCUACUGUGACUGAAAAACCAAAAGAAGCUCCGAAGGAGACUCCAAAGCCAGGAAUCGAAAAGAAAAAAGUGCUACUGAAAAAGAAGAAAAUCAUUCCGAUUGAUGAUGAAGUUGAGGCACCAAAAGUGCUCAGCGAGCAGAACACUGAAAUAUCAAAAGUAUUUUCAAGAAGAGCAUGGGGAGCACAAAAAACCGAGAAAAAGAUGAAAUUGAGAAAUGAGAUGAAGGGAAUUUCAAUUCGUUGCAAGGCGGCUGGAAAUCAAACAACUCAAAUUGAAGAGCACUAUCGUAGGAAACCACAAGCCGAAAGAGCUACGGUUCUUGUGGAUACUCCUGUUAAAGAUGUGAAUUAUAGUGUUUGCAAGAUUUCAGUGAGAGAGAAGAGGAAGAAAGUUGAAAAGAAACCUGUCGUCGAAGAAGUGGUUGAUGCGCCGGCGCCACCAUCUCUAUCUCAAUCAUUCAUCGAAUCAACUGAAAACAUGUCCCGUUCGGUGUCGGUUGCAUCCCGAGCAUCCGACACUCGAGCAUCGAUUAUUCUUGAUGAAAUGCGUGGAACCGAGGCGGCUGUGGAAUGGACACGUGAUUUGGAUAUUGAUGAUGAGCUUGAUCAUUAUAAUGGAAUUCUUGUACUUCCGGAUAAAUCGAUUCUCGAACAAUACAUCUCACGGAAACGUGGGAAAAUCGAUCGAUAUCGAGGGCUUCGGCCGUCUUCGAUGUGCUCCUAUGUUUCAGAUAAUUGUGCAUCACCAUGCCCAUCAACUGUCUCGGAACUUUGUCUUCCAUCUUCCGUAUUGGUGCACGAGCCCCGCCGGCGUGCUCAAUACAGUGCGGAGCCCACUGACCAUUGCAUCACCCCAGUCCCAUUGAACUCAACGCCACGUGGAUUUACAACAAAGAAAGAACCUCCACCGGUGAUUAAACCUGUACCAUUCGAGGCACCCAAGACACUCUUCGAAAAGAUGAUUCAAGAUCAGGCAAAUCGUAAUCGGACGGUUACUACUUCAGAGACCCGCGACGCGUCGCCCCGACGUGGAUCUGCAUCGGGAUCUCAGGAAGAAGGAAUGUCAGCCAUCUCCCAACAGUUUGCGGCGGCCGCCGCAGCAGGGAAUGGCCAUGGCUCCGUUCGUUACGCGGCUCAUAUUCCGGUCCGAAGCACUGAAAGCAGCGGCAGGAUGAGCACAGGAAGUGUUGAUAGUCAGCAAAGCGGUGGCACCCUUGACGCAGCGUCGAAGAACAUUGACCAUGUGAUAGAUCAGGCACGACACCGUCACCAUCAACACAGAAGCAAGUUCAAAGAAGCCAUUGAUUACCUGGAUCAGAUAUUUGAAGACUUGAAGAAAGAGUGUGAUCCCGACGACAAAAAUAACAACGACGAGAAUAACAAGCCAUUUGAUCCACCACCAACAUUUGUAGCCGUAAAGAAGAAGCCAACUCCACUUGCCACGUCAUCAGCUUCAACUACUGCACCGGCAGCAAAGAUCGCAUCUGCGUCCGAUUCGAAAAAGCCGGCUUCUUCUUCUUCUACUAUUUCUGUGAAGCCUACGGUUCGACAGAAGACGUCUGAAACUUCGAAGAGCAAGCCUUUGCAACAGGCUCCGCCGUCCCCUGUGGAAGUUGUGAUUCCGGUCCGAAAGCUGUCACAAGGUGCAACAAAUAAUCAGGCGGAGCCAACAGUCGCUGAAACUAUUGUGCUCGCCAAGAAAACUGAUAAAAUGGAUUUCACGCGACGGUGGUUGCAAGAUGAUUUGAAGUCGUUGGCUCAUCUUCCGCCAGCCAAUAUUGCUCCGAAUGCGUCAUACUACCAAGAUUUCGACGAGCAUUCGCUGGGAAGUUGCAGUGCAGAAGUGGCCGCCUUCAACACUACAAAAGAAAAGAAAAAUGGUUCAAAAGCAUCGCGAAAAGUAUCCGAUUCAUCGGAUAUGAUUCGUCCACGACCAUUCCGUCCUCAACCAGUCUACCCAAUGGUUGACGGAUUCAAUGGUCCAUCCGCAUUCGAGCCAUUCUCAUCACACACACUUCCACGUGUCGCAUCUAAUGAUCAGAUUCCGAGUGAAAUGAAGAGGUCGGGAUCACAGGAUCCAUACAACACACUUCGUUCGAUGCGUUCUGAAGGUGAUGGAUUCGAUUCAGCACGUCCAUCACCGUCUGCAUUCCAACAAGUAUCUCCAUUUCAUCGUGGAAGUUCGAUGAGAUCAUCACUCCGAUCUUUGCCCGAUCAUUCGCCAGUUAGACAGAAGAAUAGUAGUUAUGAAGUUGCUGCGAAAGAUCCAGUGUUAUCGAUUGAUCAGUUGGUUGCCGAGUUGGAAUUGAAUACGGAAAAUACCUUCUCCCCAGCAGACAAACGUCGCUCAUUCCCAACAUCCUUCGGCAGACCCCAAGCACAUCAAGCUCAGCAACACCAUGCUCCAAGUGACUACGAGAAGCCGAAUAGGUUCCGAGCAGAGACAAGGCAUGCUCCAACAAGAGGAAGAGCUCAGAACUUUGUGGCUCCUGUCGCGGAGCCAAUGACCUCAAAAGCUCCCAUCUAUUCCCAGGCUGUCCGUCCGAAACAACAGCAACAGCAAAAGUCGCUGGACGAGGUGACGAGCAUGCUCAACAGAGCAGUUUCUCAGUUUGGAAAUGAGCAACGUCAGGCUUAUCAGCAUCCGACGGCCUACAAGCAGCUGAGCCAACAAUCUUUUGGAUCAGUUCAUUCGAAUAAUGCAUUUGAGACUAUAAAUCAGGAAAAGAUAAAUCCAAGUCGUGUGGAGGCUAUGCAUAAUAUGUUUGAAAGAGGCACGGCGCCGACGUCUUGGAAAAUGCAGCAGAAGGAUUCGUAUGAGGAUAGAAGUCAGAAAAUGUCACCCCUGCAAGAGGUCACCUACGCCUCACUGAACAGCUAUUCCCCUCCACCACCACCACCAUCACAUCCGCUUCCCCAAAAUGGAAGUCAUGGAAUGGCUCGAAACACGUCCCAAAAUCAGAUAUCGUAUCACGAGUACACUCCUCAGCCACCGACGACUCAGCCACCACAGAGGCCGCCGGGCUCGGCCAACUCGUCGCAGGGUGGAUACUAUUCGUCGAAUAGUUCGGGCAUAGGAUCAAACUAUCCACAGAAUCAGCAGAAUCAAAUGUACAAUAAUCCACGACGCAGUCUGAUCAUUGAUCAACAGUCGAUUUCCUCGAGAAUGCCUUCCGUGGAAAAUGAUGAUGACGACGGGUUCUAUGACAACAUUGGAAUUUAUAACGAUGAUCGUCGAUAUUCCCGUGGCAGUGAACUUGAAACGUCGGCCUCGUUCCGUCAACUUCCUCCCGCUUCCAAUACAUCCAAACACAACCGAAUCGGAUCGUUCCUUCGAAAGAUCGGAGGCGGUUCGAGUCGGCCACCGGGCAGUGCGGCGAGUUUGAUGUCGUUGAAUAAGAUUGCAAAUGAGACGAUCAUCAAACCGGGAGGGCUCAUGAAGAGCAAUAGUUUGAGCAAUGAACCAUGGAAGAAGGUGAUGCUCAACGGAGGUGCAAGUAUGCCAAGAGAAGCAAACAACAAUCACAAAACCGGUCUCGGAGCACGACUCAAAAACUCAUUGUUCGGCUCACGAAAACGAUUGGACGGUUAAACUUUACUUUAUAAUAUCUAAUUUCUUUCUUUCAGUCAGUUAUGUAUUUCAUUUUUUGCUCAAAAUCAGCGGUUCACUCCCCCCACCCACUCAUUACAAUAUCUUUCUCUUUUUACACGUAUGAAUAAUAUAAAUAUAAAUAUAGUCGAGAAAAUAAUGAGCAAACUUUCUUCAAAUGAGCCAUUUUUGAAGAUAUUUCCUCACUUUUGUCUCUCUUUCGUUUCUUUAUUGUUUCUUUCACUCUCUCUCUCUCUCCACAUUUCAUAAUAUUUCAGUUGUUAUCAGCAUAAGCUACUUAUUUAUCAUGAAGUUUUGGAUAUCAU